AUGUCCUCUCUUACCGCUGGCAAUACUUCUUCAUCUACUCCCUUCGGUUUGCACAAUCCUCUCAACAUGGAUCCUCAGCAGUUCAAGUUACUGCUCUCUCUAUUACCCAAGGUUCCCUUGAUAACACGGGUGGCUUUGCUUCAUGUCCUACAGCUGUCCAAGCCCGCCAAAUACCUCGAUUUGCGGAGUGAGCUUAUCGUUGCCGUCCUUCGCUCAUAUCUCCAAAGCACGAAGCCGCGCUCCAUCACAUCCUCCCAGAAGCUUGCCAACCGAGACAAUGGUGUUAAAGGCAGGAUGUGGGUAGCUACUUACGCUAGCCCGGUUCCUCCGGAAGCCGACGUUCGUGAUGCGCUGGUCGAAGCCAUUCAAUCACUGAGGGCACCAGAUACGCCAGAGAUAGAUUUGAGACUGCCAGAUGUUGUGUCGGUAGAAGCUGAAUGGACUGGCUACCGCGCUGAUGCCACACCGGAGUCAAAACCGCCUGCAAUUGGAGAGAAAGAGAAGUUUGAUGAACUGCAAGAAGAAGUUACUAGUCCUCUGACAGUCUUGUACUUCCACGGUGGAGCUUACUACCUCUGCGAUCCGGCGACUCAUCGACCAGCCACUAAGAAAAUAGCCAAGCUGACGGGCGGCCGUAUUUACUCUGUUCGCUACCGGUUGGCUCCUCAAAACCCUUUUCCUGCAGCACUCUUGGAUGCCCUAAUAUCUUAUUUGACGUUACUCUACCCGCCCCCUGAUGCCUACCACCAACCGGUUGAACCAAAGCACAUAGUCGUUGCUGGAGAUAGCGCGGGUGGCAACCUGAGUCUCGCGUUGUUACAGCUCCUGCUGGAACUGCGCAGGCAAGAUAGAAAAGUUCGCUGGCUAGGCAGGGAGCGUGACAUUCCUUUGCCAGGCGGGUUUGCACUUAAUUCACCGUGGCUGGAUAUAACACAAAGCUCACCGAGUUGGGAAUCAAACUGGGAGUUUGACUACCUACCUAAAGCCUCCUUGUACGCCGACUUUAGCCCGCCUCCCUGUGACGCCUGGCCGGCGAAACCCCCUCGCACUAGCAUCUAUGUCGAUGACGAUCUUAUUGCGCACCCUUUGGUGACCCUUGUCAUGAACCGGAGCUGGACUGGCUCGCCGCCGAUAUUCAUUUGCACCGGAUGGGAACUAUUAGCAGAUGAGGACAGGUACAUGGCUCGCAAGCUGCGAGAAGACGGAGUGCCCGUUGUUUUUGAAGAGUACGAGGGCAUGCCACACUGCUUUGCGCUGAUUUUGUCAAAGAUUCCCAGUGCCAAGCGUUGUUUCGAAGGUUGGACUGGAUUUAUGAAGACGAUUAUCAGCGACCCGGAGAAAAUCACAUCUAAGGCCGUUACCGUCAAGGCCAAGACACAAGAGGAUGUUCCUCGCGAGUUUGCGUCUCUUAGCACGCUGACUGAUGAAGACAUUCAGCGGCUAGUUCUCCAAAAGAAGGAAACCAGCUUGAACUCCGCCCCGGAAGCAGUUUCAAAAUUGUAA